CCUACAUAUGCAUCAAAUGGAGCUCGAUUGAAGGCCUCAUCUUCGUUCCAAUCAUGUCGCGCAUCAUCGAGAUUAUUUGUGAAUUAUCCGACAACUGGAUCCGUCACCCGGAGUCGGAGUUCCCAAUCCAAAUGCCCCACUAACCCCACUUGUAACUUCAACACCUUCAUCCUUCGACCGAGUGAGUCACCUGCUUUGAACUGGGCAUCUAUCGCAAUGUCUAACAUUAAGAAGAAGAGUGUACUUGUCAUUGGUGGUGGUUCCGUUGGGACGAUAGCAGCGCUCAAUCUGCAAGCAGGCGGCUUAGCCAGUGUGACUCUGGUUUUGCGUUCGAAUUACAACGUGGUGAACGACAACGGAUUCGACAUUGAAAGUUGCGAUCAUGGCAUACUGAAAGGAUGGAAGCCAAGCGUAGUCCGCAACACGGUCCCAAAUCUCGUCGAGGAAAACCUCGAACCCUAUGACUACAUUCUCCUAUCAACGAAAAACAUUCCGGAUAUACCACCUACCAUCGUCGAUCUGGUGAAGCCAGCUCUCCCAUCCACCAACACUCACACUACCCUCGUCCUUAUUCAAAAUGGACUCAAUAUAGAAAAGCCAUUUCUGCAAUCCCACCCCAAAACCGUCGUACUAAGCGGCGUCAGUCUUAUCGGUAGCGCAGAGCCCUCUCCUGGCAAAAUUGUCCAAGACGACCGUGACCGCCUUCUCAUCGGCGCAUUCGCCAAUUCCAACUUGGACACGACCGCCGCUACAGAAGACCUAGCACGCGAAUUUGUCGAAAUUUAUGCCAAAGGUGGAAAGACGGACUGUGUUUUCUCGCCCAACGUGCUGCAUGAUCGAUGGCGCAAGCUAGUCUACAAUGCCUGCCUGAACCCUAUCUGCGCCAUCACUGGUCUGGACACGGGCCGCAUCCGCUUAGCUGAUGGUGCCCUCGCUGGCUUGGUCCGGCCGGCUAUGUUGGAGAUUGUGGAGGCGGCAAAGAAGAGUGCGGGCGUGCAGCUAGGAGAUGACGUAGUGGAUUUCAUGAUUGAGGUGGAUGAGCUGCAACUGUACCUCAGCCCGAGUAUGCUUGCUGAUGUCCGAAAGGGAAACUUCAUCGAGUUUGAGAACUUGUUAGGCGAGCCGCUCCGGGAGGGCCAAAAGGCUGGGGUGGCGAUGCCCACUCUCCAGGUGCUAUACAACAUCGCAAAGGCUGUGCAGUGGAGAACCAAGGAACAGCGUGGACUCGUGCAAAUACCACCCAAGAAAAAGAAGGGAGAAUAACUUUCAUUCACUGAAACGUGACAAGCAUUGAAAGAAACGGUUUAACACAUACAUGAUAAUUGAUUCAUUGUUGUACAAGACAUAACUCAUUUGAAAUUCAUUCGUUUCAGCACCCUUGCCAACAACCUCUCAAGAUCCAUCAUAUCGAACAAAUGGAAAUGCUUCGUGACUGAUGCUCAUCUUACAUCUUUCCUCCCCUACUAAACCAGACCUCAAACUAUCCAAGCCAUCCUCGAUUGCCCCUUCACUUCCCCAACCCAGCGACCUUCAAACUGAUCCUCCUCAGCCGCUUCCUGGUACUCGACUCCGCACUAUCCCUUCGCUCCACCUCAUCGUCUUCGUCGUCUUCCCCUAACGCAGGAAACGCCUCACCAUCGUGCUUCUGUGCAUAAUACCGCUGCUUU